AUGCAUCUCAUCCUAACAGGCGCCACAGGCAUGGUCGGCACCACGGUGCUCGACGCCAUGCUCAAGACAACCGACAUCUCCAAAAUCUCCAUCCUCAGUCGCCGGCCAGUGCAAUUAGCUGAAGAUGCCAAGGACCCCCGGGUCAACGUCAUCAUCCACAAGGACUUUUCCUCGUACAGUCCCGAGGUCCUCAGCCAACUCCAAGACGCGGACGGUUGUGUCUGGGCCCUUGGUAUUAGCCAAACACAAGUGAACAAAGAGGACUACAUCACCAUCACCAAAACCUACCCAUUGGCCUUUGCGUCGGCUUUCCAACCGGCCUUGAAAGCGACCAACAAGCCAUUCAAUUUUGUCUAUGUCUCCGGCCAAGGUGCAACCUUCCAGCCGGGGCUCUUCACCCCCAUCUUCGGCAAAACAAAAGGAGAGACAGAACUGGCAUUGGCUGAUGUCAGGAAAAAAAACCCGCUGUUUCGUGCAAGCACCGUCCGUCCUGGGUUUAUCGACUGGCUCGACCAGGACAAGAGCGUUACCAAGUACAUGCCACCUCUGGGGCUUGCGAGGACGGGGUUGGGGCAUGCGCUGCACCCUGUCUUCAAGUUUGGAAUGAGAGGCAACUGGUCUCCAACAGAGCCGCUGGGUGGGUUUCUCACCGGUCUUGCGAUGGGCAAGUGGAAUGAGGGAUUGAAGACGUUGAAAGGUGACGAAGGGCAGGUGCUGGAAGGAGGAUUCCCUGUUGUGGAAAAUAACUUCUUUAGAAGGGCGAUGGGACUGCCCAGGUAG